UCUAGUACCCGGUACUUGGUAGUGCAUUGAUUACAUUGGUCUCCGUCCAUAAUUACAUCAUAACGUUGGAUUAAAUUCGCUCAAGAAAUCAAAAAAAGGUUAAUAUUAUGGCAGUUACCGGCGUUUUUUCAAAGUUAUUUCAAGAACCAAACGUAUUUUAUACAUUAGCUGGAAUCUCUGGAGCUUUAGCUGUUGCUCUUGGUGCUUAUGGCAGUCACUCGAAAAUUUUAAAUCUUCCUGGGAAUGAGAUUUAUAAGAAGGCAUUUGAAAGUGCAAAUAAAUAUCAUUUUAUUCAUACUCUUGUUCUACUGAGUAUACCUUUCUUGAACAGGCCAUAUCUGACUGGAUCCUUAUUUCUUGGUGGAAUUUUAUUAUUUUGUGGAAGUUGUUAUGUUGUUGCAUUUACUCAGGAUGUUUCCUACAGUAAACCUGCACCAUUUGGAGGUGUUUUGUUUAUUGCUGCCUGGCUCUCCAUGGCAAUUUAAAAAAGCUUAAGAAAAGUUACAUGUAUUUACUGCUAGGCUGAACUAAUCUAUUAUAAUUGUGUUUCUAUAUUGUUGUAUGUAUAUUUCAUGGUCUUUUCAUCCUAUGAACAUGAUUUAUUUUGAAAUCUGUUAGAUUAGAUGCUUGAGCAUUUUUGAAAAACUUUGAUUUCAAAAUCGCCAUGUUAUUGAAUAUGGCUAAAGUUGUCUCACGAACCUGCUUUUUCACCACAUUAAAUGGCUAAAACUAUAUAUAUUAAACAACCAGGAUUAUUCAA